UCUGUGUGUUUUUAUCACCCACAGCCACAAUUAAAUCAACUCUUUCCGCGCUUGUUGUCUUCUGUUCUGUGUUUUAUUAUUAUUGUGGCUACAUAGAGACAGAGAGAAGAGAGGGAAGGGAAGAGUGGGUGUAUUGGUGGUUGUUCUUCAUGGCAACCUCCCUUUCCCUCUUCUCCUCUCUUCCUCUUCCUCUUUUCCACCUCCGCCCUUCACCCACCUCAUCCCUCUCUUUCUCUCCUCUCCGCCACCACUCAAACCCUACAAAAUCGAAACCCCCUUUCCUGGUUCUUGCUUCCUCAACCCCCUCCUUCGGGGAUUUCACCUCCAAACCCAAGAAAUCAGUUCUUAGGGAGUUGAUACAAGAGAUAGAGCCUCUGGAUGUGAGCCACAUCCAGAAAGAUGUUCCGCCAACAACAGCAGAUGCCAUGAAAAGGACUAUAUCUGGUAUGUUGGGUCUGCUUCCGUCUGAUCAAUUCCAUGUUGUCAUUGAGGCCUUGUGGGAACCCCUCUCCAAGUUACUCAUUUCUUCAAUGAUGACUGGCUACACGCUGCGCAAUGCUGAAUAUAGGCUUUGUCUUGAAAAAAACCUUGAUAUGUGUGAAAGAGAUCUAGAGAAGCCAAAGGCAGAAAGCACUCCAAUGGACCUACAAGGAUUGCUGCAUGACAGUGUAAAUGUAAUCGACUUUGGGAGAAAGAGCAAUUUGUCUUCCAAAGUUGAAAAGGUUCAUGAGGAUGUUGAUAUUCAAGACCUUGGUGAAAUAUCUUCAGAAGCACAGCAAUAUAUUCUCAAUUUGCAAUCUCGUUUGUCUUCAAUGAAAAAGGAACUGCAUGAAGUGAAGAGGAAAAAUGCUGCUCUUCAAAUGCAACAGUUUGUUGGAGAAGAAAAGAAUGAUUUAUUGGAUUACUUGAGAUCACUUCAACCUGAACAGGUGGCUCAGCUAUCAGAAUUUACAUCCCCUGAGCUUAAGGAAAUCAUCAUCUCUGUUGUCCACGGUCUUCUUGCUACCCUUUCUCCUAAGAUGCAUUCUAAACCUUCAACUAUGUCAGAGAAUGCAACAAUUGGUACAGCAAAUGCUGGGAGUGAGGAUUGUGCGGAGGUUGUUGAGAACUCUUCAAUUCAGUUUCACCCUGUUAUUUCAUUAACUAGGGACUAUCUUGCUCGCCUGCUAUUUUGGUGCAUGCUGUUGGGACACUAUCUCAGAGGCCUUGAGUACCGUGUAGAUUUGACGGAACUGCUAUCCUUGACAAGUGAUGCUGAGAACAAUGGGAAUGAGCAAAUUGCUUGAGUGGUUUCGACAGUUUUGGUGGUUCAAUGUGAGCAAAUCUCGUCAGCUGAGAACUAUGGGAAUGAGCAAAUUGCUUGAAUGGUUUCGACUAGUGGCUUCAAGAUGAUUUUUCCUUUCAACACGAAUUGCUAGUCACUUCUGCUGAGGAGAUUUCACUGUUUGAUGCUUAUGGAAGAAUAAAUCUUUCCUGACACAAACAAUUCUCAGGGCGAUAAGAAGGAUUUGGCAUUUGUUGUUGCUGGGUCAUUUGUUGUAUUAUAGAAGAUGAAAAUGUUGUGACUCACUACAGCACGAUAUGAGUAGAUUGUCUAUCAGUUUAUAUCUGAACAAUUAAGUUACUAGUUAGGUUUGUCUUGAUUUUAUACUUUUGAUUUCUGCCA